AUGACAUCCAAACGGAGCCAACUGGCUCAUCACUCUCACCCCGCCCCAGCUCAAAGCAAAUAUGUCCCAUUCAAGCUCAUCCCAGCCGAUCCAGGCAUCAGCCAGAUGGACAAGACUACCCUAACUCUAGCCAAUACCCUUGCCUACCUCGAUGGUGAUGCUGGAAUCCCACGAUCGUUGCUGAUACGUGCAGGUUGUCCGCAGAGAAGGUGGAAUCUCGAUGGGGAGCCGGAAAACACAUCACCAACCGAGACGGGGGUUGCAUCUGGUUUGGUCGGGGUUUUGUCUAGUGCUGAGCAUCUUCGAAUUGCCAUCGACCAGUUGUGUUUCCGAGGGGCACUCGGUCCUGCUGUGCUACUUGGUGGCGAGAAUCGGGAUGUCUUCAGGAUGGGUGCUGGGAGUAGCACCAUGUACAAGCAGAGUAGUGUGGUGGCCCCGCAGCAUGGGAUGUUGCAGGCCUUGCUGCUUGUUUGUCAUGCAUUUCCGGUGGAUGUCUACUUGGACGCUGAUUUUCGUGAGCUAGGUUCGGCAUACACUCCCCAGCUUCAAUAUGUCAUCACCCAACAUUACGACGCAUUGCAAGCUCUAGGUAUCCUAUCACAUGAGAUGAGACGAACAGUGGCGUACGCAAUAAUUCGCAGCUCGCAUUUCUCGUCAACAGCGUGGCGAACAGAGGCUAUCGAAAGAGCCGAGAAGAUCGCAGCGAACUUGGUAGAACCCGACAGGUGCCUAGAUAUGAUGAUUCUCACGCAGAAGAUCAUUCAGAAUCGGCCUAGUAUGAGUUCAGAAGACUUUGGUGGUUGCUCCGGCUUCACUGCCGCUGGCAAAAAGUUGAAUGCUCUAUCUGGACAAGUGUUUCUUUCUCGUUCCAAUAUGUAUAUGCGAAACGAGGAGGAUAUUGAGGUCGCCUUUUCGUUAUUGAGAAAGAUCCGUCCUAUCGACCAGGAACAUAUUUCCACACUGGAAGAGCUUAUUUUACAGCAAAAGGCUCUCUGUUGGGGUCGACUACUGCGGUUCCAGGGUCAAUUCGAAGACGCUCGCUCACUACUGGAAGCCGUAUACGAUGCGCGGCAAUACCCUGAAGGUGUUGUCUCUGUUGGUGAAUCUAACUGCGAGUUGAUAUCGCAGUUAGCGGAAACAAACUGCGAAUUGGGUGACCUUGUGAAGGCGGAGGAGUUAGUCUCGCCCAAACUGGAACGUAUCUUUGAGAAGACCAACAACAACACCAAUCUCAUUCAAUACAAGGCUGACAUCUUGAGAUUAAAAUUUUCCCAGGCGGAAGCAGCCCUACAGCAGGGUGAGUACUGGAGAGCCUUUGACCUCUAUCGGGACAUGAACCGGUAUAUCUGGAGUACUCGGGGCCGCCAAAGUUGGGUCCGGGCCGUGUGUCGCAUGCACAUGGGCCUUGCGCGAGUGCAUCAUCGCCAAGGUGAAUGGUCCUUUGCAUUAAAGUACUGGGAGCGAGCGUUGAGGAUGUAUGAGAAGCAUUUUGAUUCUCAGGACUUUGGUACUGUGGUUACGUAUGCGUCGAUUGCUUAUGUAAAGGUACGGUUGAAUGAUAUGGAUGGUGCGAUGUCUUUUGCGAUGGAAGCUCAAGAACUAUUCAAGAUUACUGGUCGACAGCACUGGUAUACUGGGUUAGGGACUGUGUGGUAUGAUGAGAUGCUCUCUGAAUUGAAGAAUGUCUUGAAAUUAGUCUGA